CACAGAGAAGACAACAUGGCCAAGUGUCUCGCAAUAGGACUCGCGGUGAUAAGUAUCAUUGCUCUGGUCACCAGCACCCCAGCACAGUUUGAUGAAAUGAUUAAGGUGACUACCAUAAUAUAUGGUCUGGGCAACUUCUCAGACUAUGGAUGCCAUUGUGGAGACAACAUUCUAGGAAGGCCUGUGGAUGCCAUUGACUGGUGCUGCCAUGAACGUGCUUGCUGUUACAACGAGGCCGAACUUAGCGGCUGCAAUCCAGUGACGCAAAGUUACCGAUUCUAUGUAGAGGAGGAGCAGAAAGUGAAAUGCAUGAAAGCUCGUGAUCGCUGUGAGAAGAUGGUCUGUGAGUGCGAUGAAAAGGCUGCAAACUGUUUCCGGAAGGAGCUGGAAAGUUACAACAUGUAUUUCCGCAAUUUCUCCUCCCUUGGAGCCUGCAGGGGCCCCCGGCCUUUCUGUUAG